UGAACACCACUGACGGGGCGCCAUUUUUUUUUUGUUGCUGUGGAUCUGUGAAUACAGUAACCGGAAAUAUUGUUAGGGAUAGGAGUGGUUGUUGAAGGGGAAAAGAAUCUGUUUUAUUUUAAGAAUUACUCAAGUUGGUCAGUUUUUGUAUCUUUUUUCAGAGUUGUGUUCUUUUACAUUAAUAUUAAGGCUCAAGUCUGUCAAUCAUGGGUGUGGAAGUAGAAGUUGUUUCGCCGGGUGAUGGGCAAACAUAUCCCAAAACUGGCCAGACUGUUGUUGUUCAUUAUACAGGUACUUUAGAGAAUGGUGCAAAGUUUGAUUCAUCCAGAGACAGAGGAGUACCAUUCAAAUUUCGUCUAGGAAAGGGUGAAGUCAUAAAAGGAUGGGACCAAGGGGUAGCUCAGAUGUGUGUCGGUCAGCGUGCUCGCCUCGUGUGCUCUCCUGAUUAUGCCUAUGGAUCUCGUGGACAUCCGGGAAUUAUCCCACCCAAUGCCACACUUAUCUUUGAUGUGGAACUUUUGAAGGUGGAGCCAUGAAGAGCAUCAUCUCUGUUACCAAACUCCAGUACUUCGCAACAAACCACUACAUUAACAAUAAAAAGAUAUUGCAGUUUGUUCUGUCAGUAUGUCUGUAUCCAUUGUUUUUGUUUUGUUGCCUAUGUCAUCUAGGAAUAUGUGAUCAAUAAUCGGACUGGUUAUUCAGGAAGUGAAACAGUUUAUCAUAUUAGUGUAAGGUUUCUUUCUGUCACAGUGUCAAUGGUAAUGUUACCACCAUUCUUUUUUUUCUGUCUACAUCACAUAUGUGCUGUAAUAAAAAUAAAAAAUGUCCAGCUAAUUUCAAUUUAAUAAAUUUGGCUGGUUUUAAUAUGUGCCACCAUCAUCGUAAUUGUGGUGCACAAUAUUUCUCUUGUAGUGUAAUGUAAUUUUAUGCCUGUUUACACUGGCCAGGGCUCAUACACUUUUAAUAAAACUAAUUUUAAUUUAAUACAA